AUGUCGACGUCCGUUCCAGAUCUUAACAAUCAGACAUGGAUUGACCAAGGCGGCCUUUUUUACUUCUGCUUUCAGAACCCAAAGUCACAAUAUUGUGAAGAUGUUCCUGGAUAUUAUCAAUACCGCGUCGACCUCGCUCCCAAUGCUGCUUUCCUUGCCAUAUUUACCGCUUCCUUAAUCGGCUUUAUCGUCACUUGGAUCAUAACUCGCAGUGGCACCGCCUUCAAUGUUGCUCUGAUCCUCGGUCUCAUCUGCGAGGUUAUCGGCUACGCGGGACGCAUCUUGAGUUGGCAGAACCGUUGGAGCGAGAAUGGUUUUCUGGUGCAGAUUUGCUGCCUGACUAUCGGUCCUGCGUUCAUGGCUGCUGGAGUGUACCUCUGCCUUCGGAGAAUUGUAUCAGCUUUUGGGCCUGAGAACUCAAGGCUUCCCCCAGAAUACUACACUCGUAUAUUCAUCCCUUGCGAUGUUGUAUCUCUCGUCCUCCAAGCCUUAGGAGGUGCCAUGGCCUCGAUUGCUUCUCAUCAGCACAAGAGUGCUGAUACCGGAUCAAACAUCAUGAUCGCUGGGCUUGCUUUCCAAGUCAUCACAAUCCUUAGCUUCAUCGCAUGCUCAGUCGACUUUGCCAUUCGAACGAUUCGCCGUCAACGCGCUCUCGGCGAUGCAGCCCUCGAUCAACGUCCUGAAAUUGUCAAGGUUCGCAACUCGACCCGGUUCAAGGCUUUUCUUGGUGCCCUGUCCCUGGCCACUUUCUGUAUCCUCUGGCGGAGCGCCUUUCGAGUGGCAGAGUUGUCCAGAGGGUGGGAAGGCCCCAUCAUGGGUGACCAGUACAUGUUUGUUGGCUUUGAGGGGAUCUUGAUAGUGGUUGCGGUGGUGGUUCUCAACAUCUUCCAUCCUGCCAUCUGUAUGCGGGAACUGUUGGAACUAGAUGAUGGCGGUCUUAAGGGGCUUUGGGGAUUCCGUGGUCGCAAGAGCAGGGCUAGUACUAGCCAGGACUCGACCGAUUACGAAAGGAAGACACCCGCGAGUGAGACCAAGGCACUAUAG